CCCUUUACAUAAGAUUUGGUGCCACUACAGGACCUUGGUUGCAAACCAUGUUCUAUAUGGUCCCAGUUUAUAUCAGUAACGUCACACCAUCUCCCCUAGCGCCGCAUCUCUGCCCUGCCCAACACCCGGCUCCCCCAGCACUGUGUCUCUGCCCCAUGCGAUGCCUGCCCCCCCCCACAGCGCUGUAUGGUGCCAAGCUCCCCCAAUGCCGCAUCUCUGCCCCACGUCGUGCCUGCCUUGCCCUUCUCUGCCCUGUGCUGCAUGGUGCCGAGCUCCCCCAGCGCCGCGUCUCUCCCCCACAUGCCACCAAGGAGAGCCAGUGGCUGUGGGUCGGGGUUGAGGGGCUCCGGCAGAGCAGGGGUGAAGUGUGCAAAUCUCGGUCCAGCCCUGGGAGCUGCUGCAGCCAGACUCCUCCCCCCAGCCCUGCGUGUGUGGGGCUUGUUCAGCACUCUAGGGGCAAGCUCGCUGCCAGCCCAGAGAGGGAGGCAAGGAGGAUGGGCCCGAUCCUCUGCCCCCUGCGGCACUGGAGGGGUGGGACCGGGGAGCCACGCCCAGGGUGUUUGUGCUGAUGCCAGAGCAGGAGGAGGCAGGGCCUGUGCCCAGCCUUGAAUCCCGUUGGCUCUUGGAGUCGGGGGCAUAGAGGGGCCUGAGGACGACAGCCUACUGCCCCUGUGCCCAGCAAGAGGCCGGGCAGCGCAGGCCCGGGGACUGGUACCCCACUGCGGGAGGCAGCUCCUUGGGCCGCACUCCUGGCACGGAUAGAUCAGCUGGUGGGGCGGGAGAGAGGGCUGCCAUCUCAUCGGGGCACCACCCACCCCAGUGCUUUGGGGAGCUCUGGCCUGGGGGCGCUAGGGGGUGCUAAGGGGUCUUCAGGGAAGGUCCUGAGCACGUCGGGGCAUUGGCACAGCUCCCCACUCCUAUCCGAAGCUCUCCCGGGUCUGGUCCCCGUUCCCCUAGAGGGGCUGCGAUGGGUUCCCAGGGAGCAGCCCCCACCUGCGCUGGGGGGUUGCCCCAGCCGAUGGGGCCAGGGCGGGGGGGCUGAUGGGUAAGGACGUUCUGUUUUGUCCUUGUAACCGUGGGCUUUGUUUGUUGUCCAGCCCUGCCAGCAGCGCUGGACUCCUGGGCAGCUGCCGGGAAGGGGGGGCAGGGGAAGGAGGGAUCACUGACUGGAAGGGGCGGGAGGAGACGUUUGCGCUUCAUCUGACUCUGAGUCCUGGCUCGGGCACCGGUGCCACCUGGGUGUGGGCGCCCCUGGCAAAGCCCAGGGGGAGUUAAGGACUAAGGGGCAGGCGCAUCCCAAACAACCCACCCCCCACCCAGCUGCAGCACAGCGCAAACCACACUUGGCCAGAGCGUGCUGCCCAGAAUAACAAGGGGCUGCCUAGGGGGGCCACUGGGGGAUUUUCUGCCUGAAUGCCCUGGGAAAAUGGAGUCCACGCCAGUUGAAUGGAAAAGUCAGCCCAGGGCUGGCUGUGCCUGGCACCGCCUCUGCACAGAGCCCCACUCUGCACCCACCCUUGGGGCUCACUGGUGCAACCAGGGAUGGCAUGACAGGAGCCUGACCGGGAGAGACCUUCGAGGGGAGGUGCCUGCAGUCAGGGCAGGCGAAUGGCAGGGAGGGCCUGGCCAGUCUGUGCAUGCGGCCCCAGCCUUGGCCCGCGAACACAGCAAUCACCAGGCGCACUCAGCCCCCACAUCUCUGCCAGAGCAGAGGGGGGCUGACCCGUCGCAGAGGGGGGCUGACCCAUCCCAGGGGAGGUCUCGUUCUUGUUUCUGACAGUGGUUUCACUCUCCCCGCCUGCAUCUUUAUCAAUGUCUCUGGAGAGUCUUGUUACCCGCACAAACAUCCAGUCACUCCUGGAACCUCACAGAGGUCUUGGCCUCAACUUCCUGUGGCAGUGAGUUCCACCGGCUGAUUGUGAUUGCCUCUGAGGUCCCCUCUUUCCAUUGAAUUAAAUGGCCUCCAGGUCUCAUCCUGGGAGCAAAGCCCUUCAUUUCCCAUUUGUGUUUUGUUUAAAACUUCCCAGGGAUGGAUCAGGGUUUGUGAUAAAAACUUGGUGAAAAUCAGCACAAAAAAGUAACUCUUUAGGUUUGUGGGUAAAUAUCAGCAUCCAUCUUAGGGGCUGGGAGGCAAAAAAAAGCAAUGAGUGAGAACAUUAGAGUACUGAAAGCAAAAGCAGGUGAAGGCUGUGGUGUAUUUCCUGGGCUAAGCUCUGCAUGCACACUCCCACGCGUGUAUCUUCCACGCCAUUGCCUUACGCUGAGAUAGCCUGGCCUUUACACAUGGAUUAGUUCCUUGUUUACACAAAGGUAGUUAACAGUGGAACCUGGAUUAUCUGAGCAGGAUCGCACCUUCCUGGGCUGGAUGGAUCCAAACUGCGGGUGACAAUCAGUGCCCCCUGGAAAGGACGGGCCAUAGCUGGGAGUCGGGGGAACAGCUGGGCCCAGACCCCGUCUCUGGCCCAGUCGGUAUUUUAUAGACUGAUGCCAUCUCCUCUCUGAGGGCACCGUCCCAGUUGUGUUCCUGCUGGUUCCCGUUGCUCGUCUCUGACCCGCUCUAGCCCCUGUCGGGGUGGGGUGGCCGAUGCUGCAGGUGGCGUCCAGCUGAGGCCGCCUUACUGAUUUCUAGGGUUUGGGUAGUGGGGACUGUCGUUCCCCUCCCAGUCUGUGGUUUGGGGUCAGAACAAGCACUGGCGCUGUGUGACCCAGCCAUACCCAGCACGGGGGCAAGAGGGUGACGUGCCCGGGCUGAGCACGGAUCGCUGCGCCGUGGCUGUUUGCAUGUUUCCUCGGGGCAUCUGACGGGAGCACGGGAGGGAGGGAGCACGGGGUGUGGGUGUUGCAGAGGGGUGCCCCGUGCCAGUGCCACAGCUCGGAUGCAGGUGGUGACGGCUUUACAAUUAGCAUUUUGGGUCACCCACCUCCCCGUCCCCUGGCCAUUUCCUUGCUUCCCGGCCAUGCGCUGCUGACUUCUCUCUGGCUUUGCCAGAGCUGGUGAGUGGGGGGUGGGCCGGGGCCAACCUGGAGGCCUGUGCUGCCUGGAGAGCUGGCACCCACGUGUCCCUGAGAGUGACAGCCCAGAGGUGGCCCGUGCCCAUACAUGUGUGCUGCUGAUGUGUGAUCGUGUGGCCCCCUCCGCCCACUCCCGGACCCCAGAUGGUCUCCAGAAAGCCCAGCCCCCUUCCACGGUCUGUCAUUCACGCCUCGCUGGGCACCUUGGACGCAUUCUCCCGAAAGGGAGCUUGGCUGCCUCCUGCCUGCCCGGGAACAGCUGGGGUGCUCCGAGCUAAGCGGGGAGGCACGUCAGCGCCAGGCGGCCGGCGCAGAGACAUGUCACGGGGAAGAGAGGGACCCCCGGCAUGACCCCUCCGCUGGGCAGGCACUGGGUGGGCAGACAGCCCCCAGCGUGAGCAGGCCAGGGCACUGGCAGAGCCGCCCCACGGAGGGGGCAGCUGGUGAUGUGAGGAGCUGGGUGAAGGGCUGGAGGGGAGCCCAGGGUGCCAGGGAGGUUGGGGAGCUCGGGCUCCCCAAACCACUGAGCAGAGCCCGCCUGGGAGCCAGAUGGCCGGGCUGAUGGGCAAUGACCUCGCCAGACGUUGCCAUGGAGACAAAUGUGAUGUCGCAAGUGGGGCCUGAUGAUGUCAGGAGAAGAGACGAAACAGCCGGCGCGGGGCUCCUGUUCCACACGGACCCCUGGGGUGGGCGGGGCUGCAGCUCGCUAGGGAGCCCCUCACCCGACCAUGUGGUCCCUGCCUCUGCAAGGGGCAGCCGCAGAGCCGGCCCUGCAAACCCAGCAGGCAGCCCGCAGGCACUAGAGUGAGGGGCAAGAUCCUCGAGAGACGCUCUGAGCCCCCAGGGGGUGGGGCGGAGCAAUGCCCGGGUGCAUCCUCGGUCUGUCCUGGGCACCGGGCAGCUCCUCUCUGGGCAGUGCUGGAGCCUCCGUUCCCCACAGGCCUUCCCACGCGCCCUUGCCCCCCAGCCCUGGGACCUGUCAGCUGCACUGCCCCGGGCGGGGCUGGACAGUGCGUCGGCCCCUAGGCCGGUGACCCUGGUGUGUCCUCAGUGUGUGUUGGGCACCAGUGGCCUGCACAUCCUGGGCCAGGCCUGCCCAGAUCUUCCUCACCCAGCACCCCAGCACCAGCCCCUCGCUGCUCUGUGUGCCAAGAUCAGGGCCCUCAGGCUGCCCUUCCUGCAGCCCCCCACCCCUCUCUGACCUGCUCACCCCCCCCCCACCGCACCCCUCCAGCCCCUUUUGUCUCCUCCCAUUGUCCUGGCAGCACAAGCCCCCAGCCACUCCCGCUCAGCUCUCUGCCACCCUGGCCAGGGGCAGUUUGGUAACAACAGGUCUCGGCCUAGCUCUGAUUUACCGACGGUCAGUGGCGCUUACACUACCAGGCACGUGACAUCACCUCCUUAUUCCUUAUUUAAUCUCCCUCAUUUCUUGUUGUAACUUAAUUAUUCGCCAUGUUUAGCAGUGGCCACUUACAGCUCAACGCUAGCGUAGAAACCAGCCCGACCCAAGCAGUGACCCCGGCUUCUAGGCUGCCCGUGCCAAGCCAGUCCCUGCUAACUCCUGCCCCUCGCCAUCUGCCUCUGCAUGUUCCCCUCCCGUUACCUGCCUGGCUCGUUCCGUCCCAGCCAAUGCAGCACUGCAGCCCGAGGCUACCGGCACCGAGCAGCACAUGGCCCCCGGCCAGACCUGGGGUUCUGGGGCAAGUUCCUUAUUCUAUAGGCUAGUAAAACUGAAACGGCCCGUGCUGGAGCCAUGCUGGGAGGCUCAGGACCUGCAUGUGGGAAACUGGCCUGGACACAGAGAGCGCCUGGUGUCGCCGCUUGCCCCCCAGAACGUGCCAAAUAGACAGGAGAAAUCUGGGUGCCCCCAAGCAUCACCUCUGCAACGUAUCCAGUUUGGGGGGGAUAGUGCCCCCCAGUCUCUGCCCCGGUGCCCACCCGCAGGAGGAGGAGACGUUAAAGGAAUGCGACCAGUGAGCUGGGCCGAGUCAGGCCACAGCCCUGUGCCCCCGGAUGCUGGCUGCCUGUGUGGCACUGGGUGCCGGCUGCCCGCUCUUGCAGGGGGCUGGAGGUGAAGUCGCUCCUGUCCCAAUCUCUCUCUAGCCCGCUUUGCCCUCCAGUCCCACCUGCUGCUCCUCUCCCUGCACUGGUGGAUGCCAGUGUAAGUGCCUGGGCAGAUGGGCUCACAGCGGCUGCUCCCUCACCAAGAAGGCUGGUCCCCGAGGGGCAGGCUUGGAACCAGCUUUCUGGGCUAAUGAGCCACGUCUUCAUUAAUGGGGUGAGGAGCCGCUUGCCCCCUGGGGGCUCAGAGGCAGUUGUGCUGAGUGCCAUGCCUGGCAUCCCUCUGUGCCAUGCCUCCUCCUGCCACGUCUUCUCCUGGCACGCCUCCUCCCGCCACCCCAUGCUCCUGCCAUGCCUUCUCCUGCCACGCCUCCUCCUGCAACCUCAUGCCCCUGCUAUGCCUCUUCCCGCCACCCCAUGCUCUUGCCACACCUCCUCCCGCCACAUCUCCUACCAUGCCACCUCCUGUCACACCUUCUCCUACCACCCCAUGCUUGUGCCACGUCUCCUCCAGCCACCCCAUGCUCCUGCCACGCCUCUUCCCGCCAUGUCUCCUCCUGCCAUGCCACCUCCUGUCACACCUCCUCCCGCCACUUCAUGCUUGUACCACAUCUCCUCCCAUCACCCCGUGCUCCUGUCACACCUUCUCCAGCCACCCCAUGCCCCUGCCACGCCUCCCCCUGCCAUGCCUUCUCCCGCUGCCCCAUGCUCCUGCCACACCUCCUCCUGUCACACCUCCUCCCGCCACUUCAUGCUUGUACCACAUCUCGUCCCAUCACCCCGUGCUCCUGUCACACCUUCUCCAGCCACCCCAUGCCCCUGCCACGCCUCCCCCUGCCAUGCCUUCUCCCGCUGCCCCAUGCUCCUGCCACACCUCCUCCUGUCACACCUCCUCCCGCCACCCCAUGCUUGUGCCACAUCUCCUCCCAUCACCCCGUGCUCCUGUCACACCUCCUCCUGCCACCCCAUGCCCCUCCCACACCUCCUCCUGCCAUGUCUCCUCCCGCCACCCCAUGCCCCUGCCACGCCUUCUCCUGCCAUGUCUCCUCCUGCCACUCCAUGCUCCUGCCACGCCUCCUCCAGCCCCCUCAUGCUCCUGCCAUGCCUCCUCCUGCCAUGUCUCCUCCUGCCACCCCAUGCCCCUCCCACACCUCCUCCUGCCAUGUCUCCUUCCGCAACCCCAUGCUCCUGCCACGCCUCCUCCUGCCAUGUCUCCUCCCGCCACCCCAUGCCCCUGCCAUGUCUCCUCCCGCAACCCCAUGCUCCUGCCACGCCUCCUCCUGCCAUGUCUCCUCCCGCCACCCUGUGCUCCUCCCACCAUGCCUCCUCCCUGACGCCGGGCACCAGCACUACUGGGACACGGGGCUGGAGGAGCCUCAGGGCUGAGCCCAUCUGGCAGCCCCUGUGUGCCUAGGAGCCCAGAGUCU